AGCAGCCCCAGUGCAGGUGCAGCCGGGCCGGGCGCGCAGCGGGUGCGAUGGGGCCGGCGCGGUGGGGCCGGGGCCGGGACCGGGACCGGGACCGGGCGAUGCUGGCGGCGCUGGGGCUGCUCUGGGCAGCCGGGCGAGCCCUGGCGCAGGAGGUGCAGACAGAGAACAUGACGGUGGUGGAGGGCGGCGUGGCCGAGAUCAACUGCCGGCUGCACCGGUACGACAGCUCCAUCGUGGUGAUCCAGAACCCAGCCCGGCAGACGCUCUUCUUUAACGGCACGCGGGCCCUGAAGGACGAGCGGUUCCAGCUGGUGGAGUUCACCCAGAAGCAGGUGCGGAUCCUGCUCUCCGACGUCCGGCUGGAGGACGAGGGCGGCUAUUUCUGCCAGCUGUACACCGAAGACACGCACCACCAGAUCGCCUCGCUCACCGUGCUGGUGGCCCCCGAGAACCCCACGGUGGAGGUGAAGGAGCAGGCGGUGGAGGGCGGGGAGGUCGAGCUGACGUGCGUUGUGCCCCGGUCGCGUCCCGCGGCCACCCUGCGCUGGUACCGGGACCGGCGGGAGCUGCGAGGACUCAGCAGCCGGGAGCAGCUGGGGAAGGUUUUCCGGGUCAGCACGUCGGUGCGGCUGCGGGUCGAGCGCCGGGACCACGGCACCAUCGUGACGUGCGAGGCCACGCACCCCGCCCUGCGCGGGCAGCGGAAGCAGACGCAGUACGUGCUAGACGUGCAGUACUCGCCCACGGCGCGGAUCCAGCCCAGCCAGGCCGUGCUGCGUGAGGGUGACACCCUGCUCCUCACCUGCGUCGUCAACGGCAACCCGCUCCCCACUGAGAUCACGUGGAGCCGGGCGAACGACUCGCUGCCCGAGCGGGUGCAGAUCCAGGGUGCGGAGCUGACACUGCCAGCGCUGAACCCGGGGGACAACGGCACCUAUGCCUGCCAAGCAGCCAACAAACACGGCCGCGCCUCCGACCAGUAUGUGCUGGUGGUCUACGACCCCGGAGCCAUUGUGGAGGCCCAGACCUCGGUGCCCUACGCCAUCGUGGGCGGCAUCCUGGCCCUGCUGGUCUUCACCAUCAUCUGUGUCCUGAUCGGCAUGGUGUGGUGCUCCGUCCGGCAGAAAGGCUCCUACCUGACGCACGAGGCCAGCGGGCUGGACGAGCACGGCGAGGUGCGCGAGGCCUUUCUCAACGGCGGGGGCAGCCACAAGCGCAAGGAGGAGUUCUUCAUCUGAGCCGGGGGGCGCGGAGCCGGGGCGACUUUGGACCAGCCCAUCGAGCUGCGGCCGAACCACGGGACUGGGGGGGGAGGGGUUGGUUUAAUUUUUGAAACCGAGGCCUAUGUGCCAGCAGCCUGGGGUUCAAGCCCUGCCCCUGGGCUGUGAGGCCCCGCCUCUGACAAGGAGCCCCGCCCCUAUGCAGUAAAACCACGCCCCUGGGCUGUGAGGCCCCGCCUCUGACAAGGAGCCCCGCCCCUAUGCAGUAAAACCACGCCCCUGGUCCGUGAGGCCCCGCCUCUGACAAGGAGCCCCGCCCCUAUGCAGUAAAACCACACCCUUGGGCUGUGGCCCCACCCACCCUGUGUGAAGGUCCCCACUCCAGGGACCCCAAGUGGUGCCCUUUGCCCAGGCAGAUGGGG